UAAAAUUAAUUCACUUCCCGACAACCAAUAUUCCAUUUCAUUUCAAAGUUCUUCAAAUUUUUCUCUCAGAUUUCGGUAAACCAUCAAUUUUCCCACUCUUUUUUCUCUGUCAAAAUCUUUUCAGUUCAACUCUUUUCCUUCUUGAAUAAUGUGUGGAGGUGCUUUAAUUUCUGGUUUCAUUCCGACGACUCGCUCCCGGCGAGUCACCGGUGAACACCUUUGGCCCAAUUUGAAUAAACCUGGCUUCGGAAGUCAGUUGUCGAAGCCGGUUAAGUCCAGUAUUGUUGAUAUUGACGAUGAUUUCGAGGCCGAUUUCCAGCACUUCAAGGAUGAAUCAGAUUUGGAAUUGGACGAUGGAGAGCUCGUCGAUGUCAAACCCUUUGCAUUCUCUGCUGGUAGAAAUCCUUCCGUUCCUUCUGCUCGUGCCUCAAAAUCUGUAGAAUUCUCUGGACAAGCUGAAAAAUCUUCAAAAAGAAAGCGAAAGAAUCAGUACAGGGGAAUCCGACAGCGACCAUGGGGUAAAUGGGCAGCAGAAAUUCGUGACCCCCAGAAAGGAGUCCGUGUGUGGCUUGGAACCUUUAAUACUGCUGAAGAAGCUGCUCGAGCUUAUGAUGCUGAAGCACGACGAAUUCGAGGAAAGAAAGCUAAGGUCAAUUUCCCCAAUGAAGCUCCACAAACUAGUGGAAAGCGUUCAGCAAAAACAAACCUUCAGGAACCACUUGCCAAAACUAGCUUGACAAGGACCCAACCAAAUCUAAUCCAGAACAAUGAUUUUGUGAAUAGCUCUGAUGAAGAAUACUAUAGAACCAUGGGAUUCCUGGAGGAAAAACCACUUGCAAAUCAACUCGUCAACAUGAACUCAUUCCAUGCCAAUGGAGACGUUGCAAUAAAAACCAGCCCACCUUCUUCUGAUGUUUCCCCCAUGUACUUCAAUUCAGAUCAAGGGAGCAACUCCUUUGAUUACUCUGACUUUGGAUGGGGAGAGCAGGGUGCAAAAACUCCUGAAAUCUCGUCUACUCUUUCAGCUGCCAUGGAAAAUCAAGAAUCUUACUUUGUGGAGUCUGCUUCUCCAAGGAAAAAAGUCAAGUAUAGCUCAGAGAAUAUGGUACCUCAAGGCUCUGAAAAGACCCUAUCUGAGGAGCUGUCUUCUUUUGAGUCAGAGAUGAAAAAUUUCCAGAUGCCAUAUCUUGAUGGUGGCUGGGAUACAUCCAUGGAUGCCUUCCUUGCUGGAGAGACGGGGAACCAGGAUGGCGAAAACUCAGUCGACCUUUGGACUUUUGACGAUCUUACAGCAAUGAUCAGCAGUGUCUUCUAAGCAAUUCUUGUCCACCUUGCUAGGUUAUGUAAAUAAAAGCUACAUAUUAGAACAUUUGUCUGCCAUCUGUCACGGGAAUGGACGAGAGAAAGAGAUCUGCCUGCAUAAGCAAUGACCUAACGAACAUGGCCAUUGGUGUGUAUGUUCAAUGUGAGGGCACAUAGUAACUACUUGGUAGGCUCCUUUUCAUGUUUCGAGACCACACUAUGGGAAACUCAAAACUAAUAUAUGCUUGUACUGAUAAACUAUGCUAUGGAUGUUGAAAACUUGUUGAAUCUCAAUUCUACCUUUUGUGUUUGUAUGAAUGAUGGAUGGUUGUUCCCAUUCCCUUCCAUAUCUCUUCGAUAUUCUAUAACAUUCAUAAACAGAAACCGAAAAGGUUCUAUUUUUGUUCUGUACUAAGGAAAUGUGCAAUAAAAAUGUCUGUUUGGUGCA